UCGAACAUUCCGACAGCCCCUGAAGGCAGCGCCGUGCAGCGGUGAGAAGCAGCGCGAGGAGGAGAAGGAAGGAGAUGGCCGACUAGAGCCAACGUUACCUCUGCUACAUCGUUGACGAGAUUUCCUAUACACAACACAUCUGCAAAUUUGGAGUGGCAAGAGGACGUGUUAAAUCUUUCACUCCUCUCCCACAAUGGCAGAACAAAACAGCAACGUCAGAUAUCAGGAGCUGGUGAAUGAGGAGGAACCGGCCCAGCCUACCCAAGAGGGUGCUGCCCAGGACGCCCCCCCACCCUACAGCAGUAUCGCUGCAGCAAAUGCAGCGUUCUUUGAAUACAAGGAAGAUGGAAGCAGAUUUCCAAACCCUCCCUCCUACAGUGUGGCCACCACUCUGCCCUCCUACGAUGAAGCUGAGAGGAGCAAAGAGGAGGCCGCAAUCCCCCUGGUCACUGGCAGAGUCACGGAGGACGACUUUGUGGCCAGAGAUGACUUUGAAGACGCUGACCAGCUGCGAAUAGGAAACGACGGCAUCUUCAUGCUCACCUUCUUUAUGGCAUUCCUCUUCAACUGGAUCGGCUUCUUCUUGUCGUUCUGUUUGACAACCUCAGCCGCCGGCAGAUACGGAGCCAUCUCCGGCUUCGGCCUGUCCCUCAUCAAAUGGGUUCUUAUUGUCAGGUUUUCUACCUACUUCCCGGGUUACUUUGAUGGGCAGUACUGGUUGUGGUGGGUGUUCCUGGCCCUGGGCUUCAUGCUGUUCGUCAGAGGCUUUGUUAACUACUCCAGAGUGCGCAAGCUGGCCGACCCCGCCUACGCCACUCUGCCCCGAACAAGGGUCCUCUUCAUCUAUUAGAGGAUGUAGGAAGUGGCAGGACUGGGCGAGACCAACAUGAACAGUGACUCUGAGAAGAGUUUACGAUUUGAAGUGAAGACACUCAGCCAGAAAUCAGCCUGACGAGUCAUAGAUGAAGACGACCCUCCGUGAAAUAUUCAGGAAUUAUAUCACUUUGUUUUAUUUUGUUUUGAAACUUUGUUAAUGGAAAAUGGUUAACAGUAAUAGUCCCUUGAUGUACUCAUUAGUGGCGAAUGUUAAGUGCUAUUUACAUCUGUCUGUAAUGUAUAAGUAAUGCCUUAUAUCAUUUGAAAGUAGCGUUCGAGCAUGCGUCUGCCCUUAAGGUCCAUACAUAGGGAGCGUCUCAUGUUGGUGACACUUGAAGCCAACAGGUUUUUAAUUAUUACCAGAAUAGGUUUACCACAGCAUGCAACUCUGUAAUCUGCACUAAUUAUGGUUUCAUCGUGACUAUUAUAGGCUGUCUUUGGAUAACACGUACACUUAAAAAGCAAGCUUUCAUUAGGCUGUAAAUGCUGAUCUAGCACAUAUUUCACUCACCUGUUGGCUUUAAGUGGUGUUGCUCUUCUGUUUGGCCAGGUGGGGGCAGUGUUGUCCGCUGCUUUUAGAAACUGUUCAUUGAGGGCAUGGUCAUAAUGAAUCAUACAUGCUUGUGAUUGAAGACAUAGUCAGUAGAGUUCAUUAAAAUGACAUGCAUGUAUCAGAAGUUAUGAUCUUGCCCGUUUGCUAUUAUGUUAAGCAUACAUUAAAUCAGGCAAAACAAAAACCUGGAAAUGGAAUUUAAUUUGCAAAUCUGAUUUUAGAUGAUCAAGUUCCAGAUUUUAAACAUGACCAAACCAGACAGGAGACAGCCAGAAAUGCCAAGCAACAAACCCCUGAGCGUUUUAGGUUGACAUUGAAGCGAUGCGGAGUUCUUGGUCAGUGACAGGCAGCGGCUAAGAUGAUUUUUAUGGGCAUGCGAGCACAUUUUAUGGUCCAUGUCCUCAAAAAGCUCAUGUAACAGCCUGACCUUUCCAUGACUCGUUACUGAGUCAGCAUCCCGUUCAUUGUUGGUGGAAAAGCUCAGAACAGUCUGCGCUGUCUGGGUUUCAGCCAUUAAUGAUCUCGCUCAGACACUUGGAUCAAAUCAUCUAAAAAUAAUUCCAAUUCCAUUUUCAGGUUGUGCUUUUGCCUUAAGAUUUAAUGGACAGAUUGGGAAGGGAAGUCUGUUUUUCUCAUCAUUUCUUAUUCUUUUUAAAAUGAUUAAUAAGGUGUAUGAUGUUAGCUUUGUUGUGGGUAUCAAACUAUAUCGAAGAAUGUUGUAUGCAGGUGCACUUUUAGAAACAUAACUAAUAAAACCCAGAGGGUGUUCCAUCAUUGUUUUGAAUCACAGAUAUAUAAAUCAAUAUUCAGUAAGGAGAAGGUUUUCCAACCACCGUUGUCAAUGGAUUUUAGCCUAGUCGGUUAUCUUCAUACUUCUGCCAUGGCUUUGACACAGACCCAUUUAGCUUAUUUCUAUGUGAUGUAGAGCUACCACCUUGGGGUUUGGUUGUUAUGAAACUGUACAAAGUUUGUGUAGUGUUAAAUAAAUGUCACUUUUAAUGCAUUA